AUGGCCCAAGGAGAAGAGAUAAGUCCCGACACUUCUCCUCCGGAGCUUUGCUGGUCCACGAGGAAGAUUGCGCAUUCCUUUUUCACCACUCCGUUUGACUUCCUAGCGGAGGGCUCUCGAGCGACCGAAUCCAAGGUCUUCCGUUUUCUACUGGACAAGAAUGAAGUCAUUGUGGUGUCAGGCGAGGAGGCGAGGCGUACGUUCUUUGGGGAGAAGGCUCUGAAUCUCUACCAGGGGUUCCAGGCCCUCAUUGGUACUAUCCCUACCGGUCUCAACCCCCAGGCACUUCAUGGUAUCUACAAGCGAUUAAAUGUUUUGCAGAAGCCGGAUAACCUCCAACAUUUGCUUCCGCAACUGCUUGCAGACUGUCAUCGCAAAAUGGAUUCCUGGGACAAUCUCGUGAUUGAUCCAUGCUCUACUGUACAUGGAGUCACCUUUCAGAUGAUCGUCCGUGCCGUUACUUCACAUGAUGUGGCUGAAGAUCCACGCCUAGUGUCUCGCUUGAAAUACUUCUAUGAUGUGAUCGACGCCUCGGUCAAGCCCAGCACCUCAUGGCCAUGGGUGCCGAGUCUGGCAACACUCCACAAGCUGCGUGCCUCCAUGUUUGUUUACUCGACCUUCAGACAGGCUGUUAAGCAACGCGUCCGCAGUGGGGUCCGACGGGACGACACUCUCCAGCAGCUCCUCGAUUCCGGAGAAAGUACCCAAUGCAUCACGGGGUUCAUGAUGGGUCUCCCCAUCGCUGGGGCGCGAUCUACGGGCACGAUCGGCACGUGGCUUCUCCUGUUCCUCGCCCAUGAGCCGAUCUGGUCCAGGGCCGUACGCACGGAGAUCGAAGCCCUGUUAGGCUUACCCACCACCACCAUCACCACCACCACGAAACCCCGCGAAACAAUCCCUCCAACCAUGAUGUCUAGGGAGCAGAUCCAGACGGCGCUAUCGGCGGUCCCGCUCGCCGCCUGGGAGUCGCAGACCCCGCGCCUCGACCUCUGCAUCCGCGAGACGCUUCGGCGCGCGCAACCGCACAUGGCGGUGCGCCGCAACACCGGGCCCGACCUGUCGAUUGGCGGCUUCACAAUCCCCUCCGCGGCCUUCGUGCUCUAUCCCUUCUCGGACGUCGCGUUGGAUCCGAACCUUUACCCAGACCCGCUGCGGUGGGAUCCCGCCCGUCCGAUCGUCGACCGCGACGCCUUUCUCGGGUGGGGCGGCGGCACCCACCUGUGCAAGGGCCAGCGGCUGGCCACCCUGAUCCUGAAGAUCGUCGUCGCCUACGCCCUGAUCUGCUAUGAGAUCUCCUUGGUCGGGAGCGACGCCGCGCUUUCUUCGGACGGCCCGGUGCCAGACUGGAAUGACUACUUGACCUGUCGGCCGCGAGGGGAUUGUACCCUGCGUUUUAGGGGACGGAGGAAAUGA